AUGAAUUUUUUAGCAUCCUCUUAUAUCUAUCUAUCUAUCUAUCUAUCUAUCUAUCUAUCUAUCUAUCUCAGUCUAUUCACAUCUAUCUAUCUAUCUAUCUAUCUAUCUAUCUAUCUAUCACAUCUAUCUUGGUAUGUAUCUAUCGAUCUAUUUAUCCCAGCCUCUUCUUAUCUACCUAUCUUGGUUGGUUUAUAUCUAUCUAUCUAUCUAUCUAUCUAUCUAUCUAUCUAUCUAUCUAUCUAUCUAUCUCUGUUCAUAUCUAUCUAUCUUGAUCUGUUUAUAUUUAUCUAUCUCUCUAAGCCUGUUCGCAUCUAUCUACCUACCUACCUACCUACCUACCUAUCUAUCUAUCUCAGUCUAAUCACAUCUAUCUUGUCUCUUCAUAUCAAUCUAAAUCUGUUUAUCUAUCUAUCUCAAAAUCUAUCACAGUCUAUCUAUCUAUCUCUCUAUCUAUCUAAAAUGUUUUCGCAUUCUUAUUAUUUCUUAAAUUCUUUCUCUCUCUCUCUUUCACUCUCACUCUCUUCUCUUUCUUUCACUCUUUUCUCUCUCUUUCUUUCUUUCAUUCUCUCAUUCUAUCUUUCUUUCCCUAUCUCACUUUAG